AUGACGCAAUCGGCAGGAGCAGGAAAUAGUCACUAUCGCAGCACGGAUUUCUAUAGGGGCAACAACAAGUUUUUAACACAUACAUAUCAGGAUCAGAUAAAACGACAACGUGGCAUGAAAUCGCAUGUACUUGGACUCGCGAUAGCACGUGCCCCAACGGUAAAAUUGCAUAAAGGAAGGUCCAGUGGUGUUGUAAACGUCUCGUCAGAAUGUUUCCGUAUGGGGAACGGAGUUUUGUUUGGAAAACCUAACUUUGAUCGACUGGCUUUUGCAACCGCAAAAAAGAAAGACGAGUGCCUAGGCGGCAAUAUACUACUUGCGGAGUUCAACCCAACAAGCUUCCGUCUGCGCACCUCUGGUGUUGCAGAGGCCACUGAAGCUGGAUAUGCUGGGGAGGAUAUUGUAUUGAACGUACGAGCGACCGUCACGGAAGACUGGACCUUACCAUGGUGUGACGGUUUACGCACUUCGUCGACCCAUUGA